AUGGGUUCAGUCUCAGCAGAAAUAUCUACAACUGCGAAGAAGUGGAGAAAUCAUCCUCCUUCUCCGUAUUCCCUCAAGGUUGACAACUUCAAACAACUUGAGAAGUUCGCAUCAUCCUCUGAUGAUAAAUACCAAUCUCGUCUUUUCUCCUCUGGUGGAUAUAACUGGAAACUGAACAAAACGGACAAUGGGAAAGGAUUCAUUUCGAUGUAUGUGGAAAUAGACAGCAAAAGCUUGAUAUCAGCACCACAACGUGAGGUGUUUGCCGAACUCAUCUUCUUUGUCUACAACAAGAAAGAAAACAAAUACUUCACUGUUCAAGAUGUAGAAGUAAAGAGGUUCAAUGCACUUCAGACAGUGUGGGGGUUGCGGCAAGUUCUUCCAUUUGAUUCAUUCAACAACCCUGAAAACGGUUAUGUCUUUGAGGGAGAUCAAUGUGAGUUUGGUGUUGAUGUCGUUGUUCCAUCACCCGUUACCAACUGGGAGAUUCUCUCUUUUAAUGAGAAGUUCUCUUGGAAUGUGAAGAAUUUUUCUCAGUUGAAAGAGAAUAGAUACACAUCAAACACUUUCUCAAUGGGAGCGAGGCAAUGGGUUCUGUGGCUGUAUCCGAAGGGUGACUCUAGAACAGAUGGCAAAUGGUUAUCUCUUUUUCUGCUUUUAGCUGAUUGUGAUAAACCUAAAGCAGAUGAGAAGAUUUUCGUGCAAGCAUAUUUGCGAGUUCUAGACCCACAUGGAUCGAAUCACAAGGCAUACCGAAAACAGUUACUUUAA